CGGUCCGGUGCGGGGUGGCGGGUGGGGGGAAUUCUGACGAUGAAACACCGUGGGUUCCGGGCCUGGUGCAAAGAUGAAGAAAUUCUUCGGUGACUUGAAGCGGGAUUUAAAGUUUAAAAGCAUGGGGCCGGGGCACGUCCUGACCGAGGACACGAGGAAAUCCACUGAAAUCAAACCCAAGGCUCAACAGAAUCCUCGGAGACCACCAGCCGAAGAAUCGCAGAUGGCAGCAGCUGCGGCUUUAUCUAGACUGGAGGUUAAACAGCAUAAAGGACGAUCCACCUCUGGACUGAGCAGCUUAAAGAAUGAGGUAAAGAAUGAACUGAUGGCAGAAGCUACAAUCCCUGAAGUACAAACUGUAAACAAUCAGGGUCCCAGCAGCGCUCUGAAGGAAGAUAGCACCAGUUUCUCUGUUGAUGCUGUAUACUUUAUCUGCCCUUUGACAAAUGCCUCGAUAUCCAAAAGUGUGAGAGAGGUGCACAUUAAGGAGGCCAUUCUUAUGAAAUUUGCUGAUGAUCCGAUACGAGCCUCUAUAAUGAUGAUUCAUACAUUCAACAAGGAUAGAGAUAAAAUAAAGAUAGCUUGUGAAACUCUUGGCAGAUACAUUGAUAACAUAUGCAAUAACCCCAGUGAAGAAAAAUACAGAAAAAUCAAGUUGCAGAACAAAGUCUUUCAGGAAAGGAUAUCUGAACUCGAAGGGACGCAUGAAUUUUUACAGUCAAUUGGGUUUGAAAGAAAAAAAUUGCAGGUACCUGGGCAAGAGAACGAAGAUGAUUUUUAUGUGUUAAAUGAGGAUUUUGUUACUACAUGCGAAGAACUCAGACAAUACAAGGAUGAACUUUUAAAUGCUGAGCCAGUCAGAGCACAACUGGAUCGACGGGUCAAAGUUUUUCGACCUUCAGCCCAGGCAGCAAAAUUCGAAUUACCCAGUGACUUCUAUAACCUGACUGCUGAAGAAAUUAAACGGGAGCAGCUGAUGAGAUCAGAAGCUUUGGAAAAGGCGAGCAUGCUGAGAACCAAAGCCAUGAGGGAGAGAGAUGAGCAGAGGGAGUUGAAGAAAUAUAACUACACACUGUUGCGAGUCAGGUUUCCAGACGGAUACAUUUUACAAGCAACAUUCUACGCACGAGAGAAGGUUUUAGCUCUUCGUGAAUUUGUUCACAGUGUUCUUGAAAAUGACUGUAUUCCAUUUGAACUGGUGGCACCUGGAGGGCAGAAGCUGAAGGAUGACUCUGCGAUGCUUAUCGAAGUUGGCUUGGUUCCUGCUGCUUUGCUGACUUUGACAUGGGAUGCAGAGGUUCUAUUGGAUCUGCAAGCUGCAGGUCAAAACCUUACUGGCACAAUAAAACAAGAACUGCUGUCUAAUGUCCAAACUCUUGUAUAAGUAAAAAAAAACCUUUUGACUGCUCAGUUGAAUACUGUAUGUAAAUUUAUUUUAUAAAUGAAGCCGUGUUAGUACUGCAUCCAUGGAGGAAGGCAGGAAUGAAGAAUUCCUUCAGUCAUUUGAAAUAUGAUUUGAGAUGUACACAGGUCUCUGUACACAGGUAUUAAUGCAUAAUCUGAAACAGGUAAUGAAGUUUCCUGUUCCUUCUCUUGGUCUAGACCAUUUAAUGUGGUGAUUCAGAAUAGGAUGGGCAACACAGUUGUAAUCCCAAUUAAUAAUGAGCAUCACACUGAAGUCCACUUUACAUGAGAAAUUCUGCUCAGUUUAACUAAGUGAGUGAAGAAGCAUACUUUUUUAAGAAAACAAAAUAUCAAGAAAGGACCUUGUGUUUAGGGAGGGUGGAAGGAUUUGCGAUUAAUAAUUAAAUUAAUAUUAUUAAGCUUAACUUUGAAUAGAAUUUGAUCUUAAUUCAUUGUAUAUUGUUUGCCAUUAACACUCUGAGUUUGGCUUUUUGGUAAAUAUUUUUUACUGCCUCUAUACAUUGAUCUCCUUGGGGCUUGGAUGGUUUUUUUUCUAAUACCGCGAUAACAUUGCAGUUGGUAUUUGAUGAGGUCGAUUUGUUCUGUGGUGUUUCAGCAAGAUAAGUCUGCCACGAUUAUCCUUUGUACCUUUAUGGUCUCAGUAACAAACCAGAUCUUUUUAAGAAACAACCUGUGUGAUUGUUACCAUGAAUGCAUCAAAAUAAAUUGGCAUUAGCAGUGAGGACAUCAGGAAGGGUGCAUUGCAGAAAAAAGUGUGCUGCUGGUAGCCCCAUGAGCUUUGAAUUUCAGCUUUCAGUCAAUAUUAUAGUAACAGCAUAUUGUGUACCAUCUUGGAUGAAAGCAGGAGUGGUAUUGAGUGGAGUCAGAGGAAGAGCCUUCUGAAAAUUGAUAGAAAAUGUUUUUCUUUGAAACUGGAUUAGAUUCUUGUUCACCAGCUGGCUGUCCUCCUGUGUUUUGCAGGAUCUCCUGUUCCAACCAGAGUUUAGACAUCAAACUACCUUGUUUCUUCAGUGCAGUAGUAUUGGAGGGCUGUUUUACAAUUAAUUCAUAAACCAAGGGACAAAAACUCCACCAGUACAAUUUGGGGAUGAAUGACUUUCACCAAAAAGAGAUUAUUUCAUAAUUUGUUUGUGGGAUCAAGCUGUGUACAAAUUAGCUUUUGUCUUUCCUACAAAGUAGUAACAACAUUGCAAAAGUAACCCAAUAGUUAUCGAAGCACAGGAUGUGAAGAUGCUAUGUAAAUGCAAGUAUUUUGUUUGUAAUAGUUCCUAUUAUAACCAGAAAAUGAAGUAAAAAUUUGAAUACAGUUGUUAUAGUUCUGCUUUAUUUAUAAAGCUACUGCAUCUGAAUUUUAAGAUAGAAAAUACAAACAACACUUGAUCAUUACUCCACCAUAUCCAGUUUGAGAACAAUAUUCCGAAAGUGAGCUUCCCACAGUGCCAUCUACAAUAACUUGGCAUUUGUGUCUAAAUAAUGAUUACUUGCAAGACAGCUGUUGUGUGUUUGGUUAAACAGGUGGCCUGUCCAUCUUGAGCAGCUUUGAGUUUGCGGUCCGUUGGCCAUGGCUGGAGUAUCUUAAUCGUUUUGACUGUGAGCCGAACUGUUAUUGGAGCUGUCAUUGUGCAGGGAACUUGCCUUCAUGUGCAUUGAGUGCAGGCUGAGCUGUCAGAACUUUUAAUGCUGCAGAGGUGAAGCAAGUAAGGACGUGUUGUACCUUUUUGGAAUUUGAUGGCGUUCAGUUCAGAUUUACACUUGUAUAAUAUGCACAGAAGGCAGAGCUUGUGUGGUAACUACAUGUUUCUGCACUGAGCUAGGUGUCCCAUUAAUGCUGUAUAUCUAUUUAAAAUGAUUGUGAUUUCAAAACUAAGCUCAAUUGAGAUUUGAUCACCAAUAAAUCUGUUUUAUGGCUGCCUUUUUAACCAUUACAGCAAUGUUCAUGUUUUUAAUGUCUUUAGCAAGAAUGUCCCAAAGUGCUUCACAGGAUUGUUACCAAACAAUUGACAAUUGGCCACAUGGAAAUAAUGGGACUCUGACUAAAAGUUUGGGUAAAGGGGUUAACUUUAUGGAACAUCUUAAAGGAUAGUGGGUUUGGGGAAGAAAUUCUAGCGCCUUAGGGCUUUGGCAGCUGAAGGUAAGACUGACCAGUGGAGGAGUGAUGAAAUUCAAGAUAAGCAAGUGGCCAGAAUUGUAAAGUUUUUUUUUAGUUUCACACAGAAAUGGGUCUUUGCUUUCAAAUGCAGCAUUGUUCAUUGAGCUUAGUAUUUAUUACUUCCCUCCCUGGUGCUAAUUCUUCCUGUGAUACAGUCAAUGGAUGCUGGCAGUCUUUUUUCAGAACUGGGAGACUGAUUGUGAGAGCUUAGUUGUUGGCGGGGUUUGACCAACUGUGGAAUAUUGCAGAUUAGCCUGCUGUUUCUCAUAGCUACAGUUUAUGUUGGUAUUUUCCCUUGGCUUAGACAGUGAGGCUAAAUGUUGUAUUGUAGCCAACACUACUGACCCAGUUUCUUAUUUGCUGUAAUAUUGCAAAGCUGAAUAUUGUAUUACCAAACUGCUUAUGAACAUUGUUGCAUACAAGUUACUUGCUCCCUAUUUUACUCUACACCAAUAAAUAGAACACCCUGUGUCGCAAAUAGUUCAACAGUAAUGUCAUUUAUUGAUGCAGUUACCAAAAUCAUUAAAUACCUUUUUAACACUAAUUCUGUGCUUGAAUUUCUGUCAAAAGGUCUUUAAAGAUCUUUCUUUCUUGUAACUUGUUGGCCAUAACUAGUCAAUUGCUUGUUUUAAUUUAUCAGUUACGAAUGAAGCAAUCAUUGUACAGCUAAGAAUGAAGCUAUUAAAACUUGCAUAUUUUGG